ACCAGGGUGACAUCAGACAUACUCCAGGAGCUGGAUCCAUCGCAGCCUGCAGGACUGGGCCUCUUGGCUUUGCUUUCACCCACUGAAGACAGACUUAGUCAUCACUGCGUUUUACGGAGGGUGUGACUCACAGGGCAAGUAGAGCAGCUGAGGACUCCUCACACAUGUAGUGCUCAGAGCUCCGCGGAAGCCCAAGCACCUGCCUGCGAGAGGCUCGGCGUGGCCAGGGUGGCACAACACUUCCUUCCUCUGUGCACAGCGGGAAGGUCGCCAUUGGCUGUGCAAGCCCACCAGCAGCUUCUGGGUCCUGCUCGUCUUUCAUAAGGACACCAUCUUCUUUUAUUGCACAGGAAAGGAGUGUCCCUGUCACAUACAGGGAAAAAAAGAAGAAUGCUCCUUUGGGUGUUAGUCCUCCUAAUCCUCUGUGGCUUUCUGUGGAAUUACAAAGGACAACUAAAGAUUACAGACAUCACCGAUAAGUACAUCUUUAUCACCGGGUGCGACUCGGGUUUUGGAAAGUUGGCAGCUAAAACUUUUGAUAAAAAAGGAUUUCGUGUAAUUGCUGCCUGUCUGACCGAAUCAGGAUCAAGGGCUUUGAAGGCAGAAACGUCAGAGAGACUUCACACCGUGCUGCUGGAUGUAACUGAUGCAGAUCAUGUCAAGAGGACUGCCCAGUGGGUGAAGAACCACGUUGGGGAAAAAGGUCUCUGGGGCCUGAUCAAUAAUGCUGGUGUUCUCGGGGUGCUGGCCCCCACAGACUGGCUGACAGUGGAGGACUACAGAGAACCUAUUGAAGUGAACCUGUUUGGCCUCAUCAAUGUGACAUUAAAUAUGCUUCCCUUGGUCAAAAAAGCUCGAGGGAGGGUUAUCAAUGUGUCCAGCAUCGGGGGUCGGCUUGCAUUCGUUGGUGGGGGAUAUAUCCCAUCCAAAUACGCAGUGGAAGGCUUCAAUGACUGUUUAAGACGGGACAUGAAAGCUUUUGGUGUUCACGUCUCAUGCAUCGAACCAGGGUUGUUCAAAACAGAAUUGUCAGAUCCAGUAAAGUCAACUGAAAAGAAACUCGCCAUUUGGAAGCAUCUGUCUCCAGACAUUAAACAGCAAUAUGGAGAAGACUACAUUGAAAAGAGUCUCAGUAAACUGAAAGUCACUACUACAUCCUUUUUGAACAUGGACCUCUCUCUGGUGGUAGAGUGCAUGGACCAUGCUCUAACAAGUCUCUUCCCUAAGACUCGUUAUGCUGCUGGAAAAGAUGCCAAGACUUUCUGGAUACCUCUGUCUCACAUGCCAACAGUUUUGCAAGACUUUUUAUUGUUGAAACAGAAAACUGAACUGGCAAAUCCUAAGGCAGUGUGACUCAGCUGACCACAAAUGCCUGCCCCAGGCUAUGAGAUUGGCUGAUUUCAAGAACACAUCUCCUUUUCAGUCCCAUUCCUUACCUAAUCCAACCUGGACUCAUUUACAUCAUACUUCUUUUGAUAGAAGAAGAGGUCCCACGAUCACUGGUGAGGUCCCAGGGUCCCUUCUCAAGCCUUCUUUCAAAAGAAAGGCCAGGAUGAACACCACCUAUGCAAGUCCUGCCCAAUAUUCCUCGUCUGCUUGAUAUGAUGUAAGGGAAAUUGAAAGACUUCCCCAUCCAAUAUGAUCUCCACCACUGCCUGCCCCAUGCUUGUAGUCCCCAGUGUUUAGAGUAAUUCCCAGAUGUUAAGUAUUGUCCCUUUUCAAAACAUUAACAGAUAAGUAGAAUAUU